AUGGGUGCUAUAGGUCGCAACUGCGGCGAAGAAUAUACGGACGGGGGAGUGUACAAGAAGCAGUGCUGGGUGUGGGAUCGGAGAGGGGAAGCGAUUAUUGAUAUGCGCAGCGCCCUUGGGACUGUUUCAGGCAGUAAGGCUCCUCUAACCACUGUGCAUGCUAACCUCGAAGCGAUAGUCGUGCGCGCCAGGCGGCAUCAAUGCUUGCCGGCGAGAGACGAAGCUUGGAACGAAAAUACCGAGCAGCAAUGCGGUGGAGCUGGCACAUUCGUCGACGGUGCCGUUGAUGAGACCACCGCUCCUUUACGGGAACUGCUGAGUCGGGCCAGGCACGCAAAUCUGUCCAACGCAAGGUGGGUGAUGGAAAGGUUUUGCUGUCGCAAACUCAUCGGAUGCCUUAAUCCCACCGUCUGCGCACUACCACCUGUUCCAUCAAACGACAAGUUACGGCUCGACAAAGCGUUGAGCACGUCGGAUCCCAAUGCCAAUGGCUGCCACAGGAUGCUCCGUCGGUAUGGAUGCAGGCGAACCAUUCCAUACGCACAUGUCCAGCUGGCAAUGCACGCCACGCUGGACAAAGAGACACCUCUGGUUUUUGCUGAGCUCCAAGCCCAACGUGUGGGGUAG